CCCGGUUAGCCUAGCCGAUAGCCAGCAAAAUCGCAAGCGCACUUGAUACUAUCGAGUUUUCUUGAAACUUUUUGGGCCACAACUGCAAUUCACCGCGUUAGUGACACCUGACAACUUUGACACACGCCGGUUACGAUAUGCUAAUGAGACGGGUGAGAGACCUUUGUGGAGAGAGAGAGAGAGAGAGCGAGAGAGAGAGAGAGAGAGAGAGAGAUGUGAGAGAAGGUGCGAGAGAUAUGGAGUGUGAGAGCAAGGGACAUUGAGAGAAAGGGGAGGGCGAGAAAGAGAGAGGGAGUUGGUAGAGAAAGACGGGGAGGGACAGCUGUGGUGUAACAGCGUGAGAAAGCUAUGGUAUAGGAAGGAGAUAAAGAGGGCUCUGUGGUUGAGAGAGACAGACAGACAGACAGAGAGAGAGCGAGAGAGAGAGAGCUACUGUGUGGUGUAAAAGAAACAAGGAGAGUGUGCUAAGAUAGUGAGCACAAGCUAUAAUAUAGAGUAAGCGCGUGAGAGAGAGCGCGAUAGUGUAAGAUACGUAUGGGUGAGUGAGUGUCAAUAGUAGGUAUCGGGCCGACGCCGGCCUUAUUUCAAGUUAUUGGAAAUUCGUAUACACUGCUGAUAGCAGCCACCAAUACUUAAGGCGCAAAAAAAUAAAUAAAAUCUAGUUUUGUUCAGUUUCCUGUCAUUUUGUUAAUUGAAAUUUUAUGUAUAUAUAUUAUAUCGGGGGUGUCAAACUCAUUUACGGGCCGUUGACUGUGAACCCAUAUAAAUGAAUUAUCACCUCGUACAAUUAUAUGAACACAACAAAUUGAUGGCUAAUUAGUUUUGAAAUCAUAAGCCUAUUUUUCGGCCAUUCAAUUUCUUUUCCAAAUGGGGAUUGGUAACCAAAGAAUGCUUGCAAUAUCAGAAUCAGAAUCAGAAUCAGAAUCAUCUUUAUUUGCCAAGUAUGUCCAAAACACACAAGGAAUUUGUCUCCGGUAGUUGGAGCCGCUCGCUCUAGUACAACAGACAGUCAAUUUACAGAACACUUUGGUUGACAUAAAUAUCUCAACGUUAUGACAAAUGAAGACAAUUCGCAAUUAAAAAAAAAAAAAAAAAGAAAAGAAAAUUCCUAAGAAACAUGAAGUCGAUGCACAUGAUUUGCUUUCGCGGGCCACAUAAAAUGAUUUGGUGGGCCGGAUGUGGCCCCCGGCCCACCACUUUGACACCUGUGAUAUAUUUUUACUUUUGAUAGAUCAAAAGCACAAAUGGAGUGAAUAAAUAGUCAAGAGUGAAUAAUUGUACUGGUAUCGGUCUAAAAAAAAAUGGUAUCGAAUAUCCAUAGUCGAAGAGAGAGCGAGGGAGAGAGGGUGUGUGUGUGAUAGAGAGAGAGAGAGAGAGAGAGAGAGAGAGAGAGAGAGCUGAUGUAAAAGAGGGAGAGAGAGAGAGAGAGCAACACGCGCUCAGGAAGACGAGCGAAGGAGGCACGCGGCAUGUCUCGAGGAUUCAGGUGCGCGUACACGUGGCGCAAGCGUGGCGUCCCCAGGUGGCUGGGAUAAAGGCGGCCGUGUCCGCAGCUGCUAUGUGCGCACCCUCGGCACACCCCCGCUAAAGAUGGCUCCCCUCGCUCUGCUCCUGCUUCCCGCCUUGCUCUCCCGCCUCCCCGCACCCGGCCUCGCCGCCGGCAUCCACAAGCGGGCCGCCGUGCCUCGCGCCGCCUCCCGCUCGGUGGCCCGCAUGGACGGCGACGUCAUCAUCGGGGCCCUCUUCUCCGUGCACCACCAGCCGUCGGCGGAGAAGGUGGCCGAGCGCAAAUGCGGCGACGUCCGCGAGCAGUACGGCAUCCAGCGGGUGGAGGCCAUGUUCCACACCCUGGACCGCAUCAACGCGGACCACCAGCUGCUGCCCAACAUCAGUCUGGGCUGCGAGAUCCGGGACUCGUGCUGGCACUCUUCCGUGGCUCUGGAGCAGAGCAUCGAGUUCAUCCGCGACUCGCUCAUCUCCAUCCGGGACGACAAGGACGGAUCCAAGUGGUGCGUGGACAGCCAGUCCCACUCCAGCCAGCCGCCGCCCACCAAGAGGCCCAUCGCCGGCGUGAUUGGGCCGGGCUCCAGCUCGGUGGCCAUCCAGGUGCAGAACCUGCUGCAGCUCUUCAACAUCCCGCAGAUCGCCUACUCGGCGACCAGCAUCGACCUGAGCGACAAGACUCUGUUCAAGUACUUCCUGAGGGUGGUGCCGUCCGACACCCUCCAAGCCCGAGCCAUGCUGGACAUUGUGCAGCGCUACAACUGGACCUACGUGUCUGCCGUGCACACUGAAGGGAACUACGGCGAGAGCGGUAUGGAGGCCUUCAAGGAGCUGGCCUCCCAGGAGGGCUUGUGCAUCGCCCACUCGGACAAGAUCUACAGCAACGCUGGCGAGAAGCAGUUCGACCGCCUCCUGAGGAAGCUGCGCGAGCGGCUGCCCAAAGCGCGCGUGGUGGUGUGCUUCUGCGAGGGCAUGACCGUACGCAGCCUCCUCAUGGCCAUGCGGCGCUUGGGCGUGUACGACGAGUUCCUCCUGGUCGGCAGCGACGGGUGGGCCGACCGCGACGAGGUGGUGGAGGGCUACGAGCAGGAAGCCAAGGGAGGCAUCACCAUGAAGCUGCAGUCCGCGGUGGUCAAGACCUUCGACGACUACUACCUGAAGCUGCGACUGGACACCAACACCAGGAACCCCUGGUUCCCGGAGUUCUGGCAGUACCGCUUUCAAUGCCGUCUGCCCGGCCAUCCUCAGGAGAACAAGAACUACAAGAAAGUCUGCUCCGGAAACAAGAGCCUGCACGAAAACUACGUUCAGGACAGCAAAAUGGGCUUCGUCAUCAACGCCAUCUACGCCAUGGCGCACGGCCUCCACGACAUGCACAGGGAGCUGUGCCCGGGCCAGACGGGGCUGUGCGAGGCCAUGGACCCCAUUGACGGCAGCAAGCUUCUCGACUAUCUUCUCAAGACGUCCUUCAGGGGUGUCUCUGGGGAGGACAUCUACUUCGACCAAAACGGAGACACCCCUGGAAGGUACGAUAUUAUGAAUCUGCAGAACGUGGAGGACGGCCGCUACGACUACAUUAACGUGGGCUCCUGGCACGAGGGCGUCCUGAGCAUCGACGACAACAAGCUGUGGAUGAACAGCAGCGACAUGGUGCGCUCGGUCUGCAGUGACCCCUGCUCCAAAGGACAGAUCAAGGUGAUCAGGAAGGGCGAGGUGAGCUGCUGCUGGAUCUGCACCACGUGCAAGGAAAAUGAGAUCGUCCUGGAUGAGUUCACCUGCAAGGCUUGCGAACUGGGUUGGUGGCCCGCUGACGACUUGACAGGCUGCCAGCCGCUGCCCCUGAAGUAUCUGGACUGGGCCGACGUGGAAUCCAUGGUGGCGGUGGCGUUCUCCUGCGUGGGCAUCCUCAUCACCUCCUUCGUCACUUUUGUCUUCAUCCAGUACCGCGACACUCCCGUCGUCAAAUCCUCCAGUCGAGAGCUGUGCUACAUCAUCCUGGCGGGCAUCUUCCUGGGCUACAUCUGCCCAUUCACCCUGAUCGCCCGGCCCACCGUGCCCUCCUGCUACCUGCAGCGCCUCCUGGUGGGCUUGUCGUCAGCCAUGUGCUACUCGGCGCUGGUGACAAAGACCAACCGCAUCGCUCGCAUCCUGGCGGGCAGCAAGAAGAAGAUUUGCACCAGGAAGCCGCGUUUCAUGAGCGCCUGGGCGCAGGUCAUCAUCGCCUUCAUGCUGAUCAGCGUCCAACUCACCCUGGAGGUCACCCUCAUCAUCCUGGAGCCGCCUGAGCCGAUCAAGUCGUACCCCAGCAUCCGCGAGGUCUACCUCAUCUGCAACACCAGCAACCUUGGCAUGGUGGCGCCGCUGGGCUACAACGGCCUCCUCAUCAUGAGCUGCACCUACUACGCCUUCAAGACACGCAACGUCCCGGCCAAUUUCAACGAGGCGAAAUACAUCGCCUUCACCAUGUACACCACCUGCAUCAUCUGGCUGGCUUUCGUGCCCAUCUACUUCGGCUCCAACUACAAAAUCAUCACCACCUCCUUCUCCGUCAGCCUGAGCGUCACCGUGGCUCUGGGCUGCAUGUUCACGCCCAAGAUGUACAUUAUCAUCGCCAAGCCCGAGAGAAACGUCCGAAGCGCCUUCACCACGUCCGACGUGGUGCGAAUGCACGUCGGCGACGGCAAGUCGGCCGCCGCGGGCGGGACUAACAGCUUCCUCAACAUGUUCCGCAGGAAGAAGCCCGCAUCUGGCAACGCCAAUUCUAACGGCAAGUCUGUGUCAUGGUCUGAAUCAGGUGCAAGACACCCUCCGAGCGGGGGCAAUGUGUGGCACAGACUGUCUGUGCAUGUGAGGAAACAGGAAGCCAGCCUGAAUCAGACGGCGGUCAUCAGGCCCCUAACUAACACGCCCGACCCCCACAGUUGUCAGCCCCCCGCCGCCGCCGCCACCGCCGCCCGCGACCUUGGCACAGACCCCCGCCCGCCCCCGCGAGAGCCGCCACCGCCCGCCCUGCUUGGCGACGACAAGCGCCACCCCGGUCCCGCUCUGUACGUGGGCCCCCUGGUGGAAACGCACCGCUCGCACGCCCCAGCCCCCCCUGCCGGCGAGCCAUUGAUCUUGACAGAGCUCUCUUUGGCGGCACCCCUCGAGGAGGGGGUGCCCCCGGCUGAGAGGCCGGACCUUUUGCACGACUUCAUGUAUGAUGCCAAGGAGGAGGGGGCGGAGGGGCACAAGCUCGCCCUGGAGGACACCUUGGCUCUGUCCCCCCCGUCCCCCUUCAGAGACUCGGUGUGUUCGGAGGAUUCCGCCCCGGGGUCCCCCUCCAUGGAGUUCAUGCUGGGGGGUCCCCACUACACCGUCCAAGCCCUCCGAGACUUUGCACACAGCUCCUCGACACUGUGAGAGCAAAAAAAAAAAAAAGGUGCACAACAUUUGACGAGCUUUGAUUACUCCUACUUAUUUGUUUAUUGAUGCCGCCAUUUUGCUCGCUUGUGUUUGUGAUUAGGCGUCCAUUAAAGACACUCAUAGAAGAACAUGGCUCUGUUCGGAGUCACUCCCCAUCCAAUUUAGAAUGCCCUAAAUCAGUGGUUCUCCAUUUUUUUUUUUUUUUUUUUUUUUUUUUUUA